AUGAAAGCUUUGGUUCAAGCACUGUGGUUACUCACAACUGCCGUUGGCGACUCUAUUAUCGUGCUCAUCACAGCACUUGAUUUGUUCUCAAAUAUGGCGACGGAAUUCUUUGCAUACGCUGGAGCGAUGUUCGUGGUUAUUUCUAUAUUCGCAAUGAUGUCAAUCUUUUACUAUGAAUACAAUUACUACACACAAGAGAAACCCGACGUACAGACAACUGAUGACGAGUUAGAACCAAAACACGGGCUUUUGGACGAUAUAACGCACAGAUUGAGAUCUUUCUCGAUUGAUCCUCAUGACGGAGAAUAUGCAUGGGCAGUAGAGGCGCGGCUAGACGACUAUAUUCCAGAUGAAAGGUUCUAG